AAAAUGGCGUGGACUUUUUUUUUGUAUUAGCGUGUAUGUUACUCGCAAUCAUUUUUAAUGAAUAACUGGUAGGUUUCCAAAGAAAAUACAACCCGCAAAAGUGUCAAUAUUUCGGCGAUAUUUCGAUCAAUUACGGAUCGCGGAUAUGUAAGUGCAAAAGUCAGUGAAAUUAGUGAACGAUAACAAUAAUACAAAAUACGGUGAAAGUAUCCCCUUGACCAUAUUUAUAUUGUAUUCAGGGUUUACGCUAAUUUUAAUUUAUAUUUUUGAAGUUUGUGUUCGCAGCCAGAUAGAAAGUCUAACACCAAAAUGCAGUGUCGCGAUUAAUAAAAUGAUGAAAAUUUUGAGUUGAGUUGUGUUUAAAAAAAAAAGUGUUUGUGGUGUUGGUGGUGUUGCCCCCGAAAAGGUGUCUUGUGAUUAUCCAUCAAUUUUAUUACCCGACAGAAUUUGGUAUAUUUUGUGAAGCAUUUUUGCAUUACCCAUUUUGCAAUGGAGUUGGAAGAUUUGGAAAGCAUAAAUAAAAAUGAUUUUCUGCCACUGUUACCACUCAACAUAAAACAGGAACUUAUGGAUGGUGGCGGAGGAAAUGUCGAAACCGGAAAUAUUUGCGAUAGCGUUGAGAAAAAAGUUGACGAAAACACAAACACCGGCGAUCCCAUACCACCCAAAUGUGUGUGGUGUUCCGAAACACUAACAGCUGCCGAUGCACCAAAAAUUCUCGAAUGUCUUCACGUAUCAUGCGGCCGUUGCGUAUCAUCGAAAUUCUCCGAACUCGAUCGAUCCGUUUCACCGGUGCUACACUGUCCCACCUGUAGCAUGGCCAGCCAGUUCGAGCACAUCAUCGAAAAUCAAUUCAUUAUCGAACAGAAUGCCAACGAAGAUUCACAAAAUUCGGCCGAAUCGGAUGCCAAAACGGUGAUCAAAUGUAGCAGUUGUUCGGAUGAUGCGUCGGCGACGUCUUGGUGCGUCGAAUGUUCGGAGUUCAUCUGUGACAAUUGUGUGCAAGCCCAUCAACGUUUGAAAAUCACAAAAGAUCACACAAUCAAGACGAAAGAAGAGGCUGCGGUGGAUAAUCAAUUGGCUGCCGGAACAGAGAAAUGUUUAAUGUGUCCCGUUCAUCCACAAGAAAAGCUGUCGUUAUUUUGCGAGACCUGCGACAAACUGACAUGCCGAGAUUGUCAACUGGUCGACCAUCGUGAUCACAAAUACAAAUUUGCUCACGAAAUAGCUGCAGAGACACGAAACAGUCUGAGUUCGCUGUUGAAUGAAAUAACUUACAAGAGGGUGUUGCUCAACAGUGCGAUGAAGGUCAUUGACGAUCGCCAGAACAUGAUAACUGAGAAGAAGAAGGAACUGGUAAAGGAAAUCACGGACAUGGUCCUCAAAAUCACAAACACUGUCAACAUACGCGGAAAGCAGCUCGUUCUACGUUUGAACGAAGUCUGUGACAGUAAACUGAAAGUGCUGAAUGAGAAGAAAGACGCCCUGCAACUACUCUCCGGUCACACCGACCAUUGCAUCGAUUUCGUUCAAUCGGCACUGGACAACGGCAGCGAUUCAGCUGUCCUGUUCAGCAAAAAGACCUUAUCACGUCAUCUGCAAAAAGUUAAGUGCCAAAGAGCCGACAUUCCGAAUCCUGAAAUUCCAGUCCGGAUCCAGGUGCAAUUGAGUCAGGUGCAAGAGCUGCAAAAAGUGAUCGCGCAACUGGGAACGAUUAUUGUUGAUGGUAAAGCGUAUCCACCGACAGCUUCGCCAGGAGCACCACGACAGCAACCAAGUCCGAACAUGAUUCCGCCGGGAAUGAGACCGGGACUACAUCAACCGACGAACAUUCAGCCAACGAUGAAUGUUGUGCAGCAACCCGGUUUUCACAGCAGUCCACCGAUGUACAAUACGACACCACCUCAGCCGCAACAGUUUAAUAUUCAGAUCAAUCGACCGUUUACGCAAGACGCUAACAAUGCAUUCGUUCGAUUCCCCAACAUGGGUCCCGGUCCAAUGCGUCAAGUAGUUCCACACGUUAGCUCAUCCACACAUCCUCAAAACAUGGAAAUAAGCUUACGAGGUUUAUUAAACCAAGGGCCAGCAGCCGGACAGAAUCAGCAACACAUUAGCGGUGGCUAUAAUCAAGCACCGCCAAAUUUUAAUAUGACACCCGGCCAGGGUCAACGAAUGCAACAGACCAUGCAACAGCCACAUCCACAGCAACAGCAACAAAUGCAACCGAAUCACCAACAGCAGCAGCAACAGCAACAACAACAAGCGUUGCGACCGCUGCGACCACCAUUCAUGCAACAAGGUCCACAAAAUUCGGCAUUUUCGACGCAACAGAAUCCGAACCAGAACAGUUUCAUGAACGGACCACGCUUUCCAAAUAUGCGAAUGGGUGCCGUACAGGCGAAUGCCAUGCAACAGGCUGCAAUGCGUCAACCGAUGAUGCAAAAUAAUUUCGCUGGACAACAGUUGCAACAGCAGCAGCAACAACAACAGCAAGCGGGAUUUGGUAAUCAUGUACAGUCACAGCAACAGCAGCAACAACAAAAUCAAUUGCAAAUGCAGGCACCGGCCCAUGCAUGGCAUAUUCCCCAAUCAGCACGGCAACAUAACGGAAUGGCGGGUCCUUCUCAGAGUCCUCUGAUGCAAUUCGGUAAUCGUCAAAACGAAAACUCCUUCAAAAUAUCCCUCAAGUCACCCAACAGUUUGAAAGCAAUAUCGAUCAAUGGUCAAGGUAUGUCCGGGAAUAUUCCACCGAAUGUCACAUCAACCAAUCCAAAAACGCCAAGUCCCAGUACAAAUGACAAUGCAAAAGACUUUACCGAUUCGAUAGACAAGGCAUGCGAAGAGUCGGUAAAUGAUUUGAUGGCAACGAUAGCCAAACUGGAUUCAAAUGGCGUACAGGUUCUACCGGAAGGGCGAGGCAAAACGACAUCGCCGCAAGUACAUUCGUCGACGGAUUUAACAUUACCGGCCGAUGCCGACAAAAGCGGUCAGAAAGACGAUCCGAAUGAAGAUUGGUGCGCUGUCUGCUUGGACGGUGGUGAGUUGAUGUGUUGCGACAAGUGCCCCAAAGUAUUCCAUCAGAAUUGUCAUAUUCCGAACAUCAGUUCGCUGCCAGAUGAAAGUGAAACGUGGCAGUGCUUAUUGUGUGUUAAUCUGGCUGAGCUACCCAUCGAUCCCGUCGGUGAGAAACGAGACAGCGGUCUGACCAGCAAUGAAUUGAAAAUUAUUCAGAGAAUUUGUCUCGAGCUGUACUGUCAGUACGAACAGAGCUUACCGAUACGGGAAUUGGAGCCGAUUACUAACACUGCGUACUAUGAAAUCAUCACCAGCCCAAUGUCGCUCGAGAUAAUCCGUUCGAAACUGGACCCCAUGUACAAUGACCACUACAAAGACGUAAACGCGUUCAUCAACGAUGUUCGUUCGAUAUUCCGCAACGUUUAUCUAUUCUAUCGAGAGGAUUCAAAGGUCUACGCCAGCAUACGAUAUUUGGACGAAUUUUUCGAACAGCAGCUGGCCAAAUGGUUGCCUCACUACAGUGCGGCGAGCAACAACUCAACGAACAUUAUUGCCGACGAGCCAGACAUUUAUACCGGAACGAGUGCCAAACGAAUUCGCACGGAUGAUGAUGUGUCCAUAGUACAGUAGAUGGAACGGUUUUAAAAACUGUUGUGACUGUUGUGACUCGCGUCACCUGAGUAGGUGGAAAGAUUCUUUGGUUAAGUGAAAAAAUCGUUUUGUUGUUUAAUGCUGCUCACCAACAAUAUAUAUACUCUACCGUGUAAACGGAUUUGUGGUUGGUACAUGGAAAGGGUUUGUCGCGAUCUCAA